AUGCUGAGUACAGUAUUCUUGCUCAACCUUGUACAUGCCUAUUUUUGUUCUUGUCCUCCAGAGGCGAAGGAGAAGUCUAACGGCUAUGGAGCACUUUUGGAAGGGGAUGAAGUGGAUGCCACCACUGAGGACUGGCUGCAUUCCAGCGAUGAAGAUAAUGAGGAAGAGGGCAGAACAGAUGGGACAAGGCCUGAAUCUUCAAGCCUUGACUGCAGUGGCUCUAGGCCUUUGUUGCAAGACUUUGAUGAAGAUGAAGAUCAAGAGGCAGGGACUUCAGAAAACCUUCCGAUGUCCUCUGACUCACCACCAAGUGCUGUCCAAGAGUCCUCAAUGAUUACCCAGCCAUCACAGGGUGUAACACGAAACCACUUGCCCCCUGCCAGCAAUCCUGAUCCUGAUAUUUUCUCCAUAGCACCCUUUAGGGCAACUCAAGAAGCAGUUAGUGAUGUGGACGUCUUUGCAAAUGCUCCAUUUCCACGUCCGUCAACUCAACCUCAACAAGCAGACAUCUUCCUUCAAGCGCCUUUCGGAAUGAGAAAGAAAACAGAGGGAAUGGUGUACGCUCAUCCAGUCCAACAACCUGGGUUACAACCAGCUCAGAAGGUUCCAUCUUAUCAUGGAAGCCACGAACAGAGCGUCCUUGACCAAGUGGCACCUCUGCCCUUUCGACCGCAGGCUUUAGCAAAAUACUCCAGACAUUAUGAAGGACCAGAUGUUACUACCGAUGAUCCGUUUGUUGCUGCACCCUUUCGUUUGAAAGGUCCUCAGGAAAAGCACUAAGGCUGAACCAAGACAAUGCAUUCUCACUCCUACAGCUGGGCUUAACCAUGCAAGAUUGCACACAAUUUCAUUUUUAGACUUUCUUAAUAGACGCAGCAUGGUUUUUGGGUACCUUGAAGUACCUUGAAAAUGCGCCCACAUAACAGCUGGCAAGAAUGAAGCACAUAGAUGCCUUCAAGUGGCUCUACCUUGAUUAAACAGCCUCACUUUAUGCAUUGUGGAUAAAUCAGGAUCAUCAAAUCUGUUCUAUGCCUACCUCAGUUCAUAUGCUGAAAAUAAGUCGCCUUUAUCUUGGCACCCUGUAUAAUUAGAAUAUGAAUGAAACAAAUGUUGUU